UUUCGCAGACUACCGCAUAGGCGAAGGCGUUUGUCGACCAAGCAGGCGCUUGUAUUGUUAAUUGGAAUCAUUGUUACCUCCGUGUUAUAUUUAUAUUUAGGAAAAAAGCCGGUAAGAGGCGAAAAUGAGGAAUAUUUGGGACCGAAGUUUGCAAUUGAAUAUGUUAGUAGAAAUUUAGAAGAAUCGUUUAAACUGGAGAAAGGCACAGGUUGUGAUAUACCAAAGUUGAAUCCGUUUUCGAAAGACAUUACUCAGUUUGAUGAGAAAGUUAAGAAAAUUGAUUGCAGUCCUGAAGCUGAUUGGGUCAAAUGCUAUAUGUCCUCGUGCCAAGUGACUUCAAACAAGUUGAUAGAUGAAGGCGUUUAUUGCUUAUAUCAAGAUGUUAUAUACAUUAAUGACUAUUUAAAUAGUUAUUCAUCACCUGUGUUGAUUAAAGGCGGUGAGAUUUAUAACCUCACUGUUAGUGAUCACGUCAAGAUAUCCUGCGCUCGUAAGGAUAGUGUAUACAAUAAAGAUCUGGGGAGGCUAUAUCCAUCGUGGACAAGUACGGCAGCUGGAGUUCGCUCUGAAGUACCCCUGAUCAAACCUAAGGCGAACAGGGAAGACGCUAUAAACGUUAUUGUCAUUGGCUUUGACUCCAUAUCUCGAAAUAUGUUUUUAAGAAAAGCACCAAAAAGCUAUAAUUAUUUGACACACGAUUUGAAUGCUGUGGUUAUGCAUGGGUACAACAUAGUAGGCGAUGGGACUCCCGAAGCACUGUUUCCCUUUUUGUCAGGAAAGUCAAUGCUUGCAUUUUCGGAUUCAGCAAGAAGUAUGUUGAGAAGUAAACAAUUGAGAAACGAAAAUUUCAUAUUUCAUCAAGCUGAAGAAGAUGGAUACCGAACGUUGUACUUUGAAGACUCACCAAGAAUGCAUACGUUUCAAAAGAAUUUCAUCGGUUUCCUAACAAGGCCUACUCAUCAUUAUUUGCGGCCCUUGUUGACUGAUUACCAAGAAAAAAUAAAGUUCUGCGUCGGUGAUACCCCGCAAUACAAGUGGAUGCUGAACCUUACACACCAGUUUAUUAAACAAAAAGGAAAAAAGUUCGGGUUCACGUUCAUGGUGGGUACAACACACGAUGAUUUAAACUUGAUUUCUACGAUGGAUGAUGACUUCCUCGACUUUCUUCGCGUCUUCAAAGAAGAAGGUCGUACAAAAGACACGCUACUUAUAGUCAUGUCAGACCACGGACCAAGAUUUGUCAAAGUCCGCAACACCUAUCAAGGAAGAAUUGAAGAGCGUUUGCCUUUACUAGCUAUGGUAUUACCAGAAAAACUCAUUAAAAAACGACCUGAAGUACGGGCAGCGGUAGAAGCAAAUGCUAAAGUACUAACAACGCCAUUCGAUAUAUACGCCACGAUGUUAGACGCAAUGGAUUUGACUCAACAUUGGAACUUGAACAAGGUGAAGGGAGCGACUCUUCCUAUAUCUCUGUCGGUAUUCAGACCUCUACCACGGAACAGGACUUGCAGCGAAGCUGGUAUACAGUCCCAUUUUUGUUCCUGUUUCAAAUGGGCCAACAUCUCAUCGAGCAAUCCUAUGUACCAUCGAGCUGCAAACGCCUUGGUUAACCAUAUCAACGCAUUGACUAUGAAUUUAAGAUACUGCUGUGCUCUAAGAAUUCUGACUUCGAUCGAAUGGGUGUUGGUGCACAUAGUAAACAAAAAACUAAUAUCAAUGGAGGAAACUGACAGAUACUUUCCAAACUUCAUAAAGUCUCAAGAGGUUCCAUGGGAUCUUUAUCAAGUUCGAAUCCAAGUUUUACCAGGAAAAAGCGAUUUCGAAGGGACAUUGAAGUAUAUGAAAAAAUUUGAUAAGUUCAUUGUUAACACUAAAGAAAUAUCAAGAACGAAUGCGUAA